CCUGGAUAGCCAACCCACUCUCUCGAGCUAGUUGCUGCAGACUCCUCUCUGUCUAUCGUAGUUGAGUAAACUACAUAGACAUUAGCGGGCGCACAGAAUGCAGCACAGCCGAACACGAGUGGAUUAAAACGGCAUGCUUCUUUAGAGGGUCAGUCAGUCGACUGUGUAACUAGAGGAAGAAACACCAAAUACGUUCAGACAUUAGUUUACCCUAAUUUACUGAAACGUUACGCCAGGUAGAGGUAACUCAGUAGUGCAUUGUGUAAUAAAGAGCGAUCGGCUGGAAUGGCUUCAUCUCCUUGCAGCAGUGGUAACUUUGAUUCCGGACUGGAAAUCAAAACUCGGUCGGUGGAACAAACACUUAUCCCAUUGGUCUCGCAGGUCACCACCCUGAUCAAUCACAAAGACAAGCCAAAGAAGUCGGAGCGGACGCAGCAGGCCAUCCAGAGGGUGGGCCAGGCGGUCAGUGUUGCUGUGGGUCGCUUCGUUGCGGUGGGCGAGGCCAUCGCCGUGGAGAAUGAGGAGCUGAAGGAGGAGAUGGGAAUGGCCUGCUUCGAGGCCCGCAGAGCAGGGGAUGCCAUAGCCCAGCUGACAGAAGUUGGGACUGCAGUGGCGCCACCUGUGGACGGACGCACAACUGUGUUCAGUGACCGGACAGGAAUGGUGAAGGCCGCCCGCAUGCUCCUCUCCUCCGUCACCAAAGUCCUGGUCCUCGCAGACCGCAUCGUCAUCAAACAGAUCAUCACCUCACGCAACAAAGUGCUAGUAACCUUGGAGCAGCUGGAGAGAGUGAGCACCUUCCAGGAGUUUGUCCAGAUCUUCAGCCAGUUUGGGAACCAGAUGGUGGAGUUCGCCCACCUGACCGGGGACAGACAGAAUGACCUGAAGGAUGAGACUAAGAAGGCCAGGAUGGCAGCAGCCAGAGCAGUGCUGGAGAAAUGCACCAUGAUGCUGCUCACUGCAUCCAAGACGUGUCUCAGACACCCUGACUGCGAGUCGGCGCGUAUCAACAAAGACGCCGUGUUUCACCGCAUGCGUUUCGCCCUGCAGCAGGUCAUCGAGAUCGUGACGGACACCCGGCCCUGCGGGGAGACCAAGGUCCUUCCCCUCAGCAUUUACACCGGCAUCAAGGACUUCAAGUCCAACGUGGAAGGUCUGCGUGAGGGUCUGUACUCGCUGCCCCACCAGGCUCUGUCUGGCCAGCUGGAUGCGGUGGUGGAGAGGACUGAGGACUUCACUGACUCGGCCUACACCAGCCAUGAGCACCGAGAGGGCAUCCUGCAGCUCUCCCAGCUAGCCCGCCAGGACACUGACCAGCUCAUCGCAGCCUGGAUGGAGGCGAAGCACUCUCUUAAUGCUAGAGAGGCCACGGAGGAGAUGGAGCUGUCUAUACUGAAGACCUGCCAAAGUGUCUACGAACUCCGUAGAGAGCUCCAUAAGGUGGCGGUGGGGAGGGCGGCGGACCUGCUGAAGCUGCAUGCGGAACACCUGCCUCUGCGGGCCCUGAAGGCCUCGGGGGGCGAGGGCAACCUGGAGGCCGUGGCAGAGUACGCCCGGACGCUUGGCGAACAGAAAGAACAGCUGGUGGAGACGUGUCGUCUGCUGUGUCACGUCUCAGGGACAGAGCCUCUGGAGAUCACCUGUAUACACGCUGAGGAGACCUUCCACGUCAUCGGCCCACAGAUCAUCUCUGCAGCCCAGACGCUGGCUCUUCACCCAUCCAGUAAGAUUGCCAAGGAGAACCUGGAUGUGUUCUGUGAGGCCUGGGAGUCCCAGCUCUGCGACAUGGCCGUGCUGCUAAGGGAGAUCAACGACGUGUUCGAGGGCCGCCGAGGUGAUAAGAGAGCCUACUUGUCGCUUCCCAGACCAGGGAAACAUUCAGCCAACCUGAAGACGGUGAAGGCUGUCAAGCUAGAUGCGGAGGAGCAGAGCACCAUAGCCAAGCUGGGUCUAGAGCUGCGUCUGUUGACCUCAGAUGUGGACACGGAGGUGGAGAAGUGGGAGGACCAGGAGCAUGACAUCAUCCGCCAGGGCCAGAGCAUGUCCAGCAUGGCCUACUCCAUAUACCUCUUCACCAGGGGGGAGGGCCUACUGAAGACAACCACAGAUCUGUUCCACCAGGCUGAGGUGCUUUCUGAGGAGGGACUCCAGCUGUGUUCUUCACUACACACUUUCUCCACCAAGCUGAUGGAUGAAGAAAAGGUGGUAGUGCUGUCGGAGAUGGAGAAGCUUAUGGGUUUGUGUCAGCAGCUACAGAUGGGGGUGAGGACACCGGUACAGGGCAAGACUGCCACCUUCCAGAAGGUGGAUUCCUCCAUUCAGAACACUAGAGCCAUCAUUACUGUGAUGAUCUACCUCCUGCCCGUCUGUAAUAAGCUUGUCAGGAAGUAUAAGUCAGAGAGGAGCAGUCUGGGUUCUCCACAGAGCUGGAGGGACAGGCAGUCAUCCACGGCCAUCAAAGACGACGUGCUCAACGGCAAGAACAGCAACGGCUUCGGGGUCAAAUCCCUGGAGCAGCAUAUGGCCAACUUCACCUUCCUGGAGAGCAAGUAGUCCAGUCCAGCGACCUUUGAUCCCUAACCUGUAUCACCUAUCAGAAUUGGAGUGUAUCAUUGUCGACCACCAGGGGGCGACAUACAUAAAGCCUCACCCACCCUGCUCACACGUGCCUCUGUCAGUGUAAUCAGCCCAUUCUCUUUGUGGUGUAACUGUAACCUGUAGCACAUCUCAGCCAAAUACAAAUACAGCACAUGUAUUAAAAAAAAGAUGCUGUAAUGAAAUCCAUCGCCAGUGCAUGAUGCCAUGACCUGACAGGUCUUUUAAUCUCCUGUUAUCAAUCCCUGUGAUUUGGGCUGUUAAACCAGCUUUCUGAUUGCCUGGUCCCAGAUCAGUUUUGGCUGUCUCGUCAACUCCUAUGGCUAUUGUCGUGAGGAGUUGGCAAGACAGCCCAAACAGAUCUGGUAGCAGAUCAGCUUUCUGAUGUUUCUCUCACUGUUGUACAUCAACCAAAUCCCAUCAUGGUUUAGUAAUUGAGUGAAAUUAAUGCUCUCUCACUUUGAUGCCAAAUAAGAGAGUAAAUGGAUGGUUUAAUCAUUAUGACACUUGGCUUGCUAAUAGACUGAAACAUAAGGCUCUUAUUAUUGCUCCAUUUAAGCAGAGGCGGAGACAAUUUUAUCCAGUUGACUUUCUACUGUCUGUAGAGUAUUGAAUCCUAUUCAGUGUUUGUGGUAUACUGUUUUAUCCAUUUUUCAGAAGACAUCUAAAAGAUUGCUGGCCUAGCGCAUGAGUCAAAUCAAAUGAACUGUGGUUUUAUAGCUGUUCCUUAUAAGUAUACUUGUAAUUAAGGGUGUGUCCCAAAUGGCAUCCUAUUCACUAUACAGGGGUUCCCACAUUUUUUUGGCCCGCGACCCCAUUUUGGUAUGAUUUGUUUUCUUCACAACCCCAUCAUGGGGGAAAAAAAGUUAUGUAAUCAAUGGACAAUGUUUACUUUUUUAAUUGGGGCUAUGACAGUAUUACAAAUCAGUCUGACAGUAUUUCAAUCUAAAGUAUGGUUUGAAGUGACAAAUGCAUCAAAGAUAUUGGGAAAUUCGGAAGAUUAUCAGGCAAUCAUUUUGUAUGACCUUCUGUGUAGAAAAGAACAUCAUCGAUGUAAUUUUCCCCCCAGUCUGAUUUAGUGCCUGGUCUGGGUGUUCUGUGCGGCUUGUGGGCAUUGUAGGUGUUCCUGAGAGUCUCAUCUUUCAGUGACGGGGUCAAAAUAUUUUGUAGCUUAAACUGUUCUAUAGAUAGAGCCACAUUUGUAGGAAGAUAACAGAUGCUCUGUUUAUUACAACUGCAUCUAGCGGCUACCGCAGGUUACUGACGUAACCCCUGUUCUAUGAACCAAGCAUGAUUAUUUUUUAUAUUUUUUAAUUCAGUUUCUCUCGUGACCCCAUUUUCAAAAUGGUCACGACCCCUAGUUUGGGAAACACUGGAAACGGGUGUCAUUUGGGACGCAGGCUAAGACUGCCUUGUGGGCUAUUGUGUAUUAUUAUGGUACUUGAAACAUAUACAGGUAACUGCCAAAAUAAAGGAAACACUUGAGUAAAUAACAGAUACAAAGUAUAUUGAAAGCAGGUGCUUCCACACAGGUGUGGUUUCUAAGUUAAUUAAGGAAUGAAUAUCUCAUCAUGUAUAAAAAUGCCCAGUUGCCCAUUAUUUUGCCUACCAUAGCUAGAAGAGAGCUCGGUGACUUUGAAAGAGGAGUCUCAAAGGAGCAUAAGGGGUUUAAAGGGUGUGUGUGUCUCAGUCACCAGA